UGCACUGGAGCCAGCAAGUCCCUGGGCAGCAUGCUGUGUGCCCUGCUUCUCCUGCCCAGCCUCCUGGGGGCCGCCACGGCCAGCCCCACCUCGGGCCCCCAGGAGUGUGCAAAGGGAUCCGAGGUGUGGUGUCAGGACCUGCAGGCAGCAAUACUAUGCGGGGCUGUGGGGCACUGCCAAAGGGCCAUCUGGAGCAAGACCCCUGCCAAGUCCCUGCCCUGCGAUGUAUGCCAGGACGUGGCGGCGGCAGCUGGCUAUGGGCUGAACCCCAAUGCCACAGAGUCUAACGUCCUGGCUUUGGUGCUGAAGACCUGCAUGUGGCUUCCCAGCAAGGAGUCUUCAGCCAGAUGCAGGCGGAUGGUGGACGCCCACAGCUCAGUUGUCCUGAACAUGCUCGCUGGAGCCCCAGGCAGUGCCCCAGCUCAGGUGUGCACUGCGCUCACCCUCUGUGAGCCACUGCAGAGGCACCUGGCUAUCCCGGGGCCAACCUCCAAGGAGGAUAUGGCCGAGGCAGUGGCUCCAUUCAUGGCCAAGGAGCCUCUCAGCUUCCACCCUCCCCAGAUGCCUGGGGGUGCCGUGUGCCUCGACUGUGUUAGGCUCGUCUCCCGGCUCCAGGAUGCACUUCAGUCCAACUUGACCUUGGCAGAGGUGAACAUCCAGGAGCAGUGUGAGUCCUUGGGCACCGGCCUGGCUCUCCUCUGCAAGAACUAUAUCCGCCAGUUUUUCGCCCCUGCUGAGCAAACACUGAGGCUUCUCCCCCCGCAGGAGAUCUGCGGCAAGGGGGGCUUCUGCGAGGAUCUGAGGGGACCUGCCCACCUGGCUCCCGUGGCUGCUGUGGACAGGGUCCCCUCCCUGGAGCCAGUGUUGCCAAGGAAAAAGAGCGAGAUUCAGAUGACAGCCAGCCUGACCUGCGAGGUGUGCAUGGACGUGGUCAAGCAGCUGGAUCAGUGGCUGAUGUCCAACAGCUCCGAGGUCCUCAUCAUCCAGGCCCUGGAGCGGGUGUGUUCAAUAAUGCCUGCUUCCAUCCUCCAGCAGUGCAUCACCUUAGUGGACACCUACAGCCCCUCCUUGAUGCAGCUGGUGGCCAAAGUCACCCCAGAAAGAGUGUGCACGACCAUCCGACUAUGCAGCAGCCGGAGGCGGACCCGGGCAGUCCAUGGGGCUUAUGCCACCGCCCUGCCCCUAUUGAUGGAUGAAGAGAACCAGGGCAGCUUCUGCAAUGGGUGCAAGAGGCUGCUCAGCGUGUCCUCCCGCAACCUGGAGAGCAAGAGCACCAAGCGGGACAUCCUGAUGGCCUUUAAGAGUGGCUGCAGAAUCCUGCCACUGCCCUACAUGGUGCAGUGCAACCGCUUUGUCACCGAGUACGAGCCCGUGCUCAUCGAGAGCCUCAUGGACAUGAUGGACCCCGUAGCCGUGUGCAAGAAGGUGGGGGCCUGCCAUGCCCCCAGGACCCCACUGCUGGGCACUGACCAGUGUGUCAUAGGUCCCAGCUUCUGGUGCAAGAGCCAGGAGGCCGCCGAGCUGUGCAAUGCUGUGGAGCACUGCCAACUCCGUGUGUGGAAAGAGACGCCCUUCCACACCGGAGACCACGCAUGA